UAAUGAGAGGUUGUAGUUCACUACUAGUUUGUUGAUAAACUCCGAACUUUACCCCAAAUUGUUCUUCAGCUGCAUGCAACACACAUCCGUCCCUGUUCGUUUUGGUAGUUUGAAAGUCCGCGGGGUUGAGCCGGGAGUCUGGGUCUUUGUUUACUAGUCUUGGGUUUGGCUCUGUAAAGGCCGAAUUGUGUGCUAACUAUGUACCUCGCUGAUAAAGUUUCCGUCUUUUCCCUCUAUGCUCUGCUUUUGUACGGUAUGGGAUGUCAGGAAAUUGCAGUUUUAAGAUUAACCAACUUUUGAGUCUCUUUGGUUUGGGAGGACUGCAGUUUCCUGCUAGGUUUCCGUUGUGAUUGGGGGCUGCUAAGGAAGUUUGAUAAAGUUUUCGCUGAUUGGGGAUUUGGGUUAGAGCCAAUUGGUGUUGUUAGUUGAGAAUAAUUUCGUUGGUUGGUUUGGGGAAGCAAAGUGAUAACUAGUCUUCAAUCUUUCAUCAAUCUGUUGCCCUAAGCGUUUGGUUCCAUAUCACAAGAUUCAUUUGUCACGCCUGGUUUCAAUGGGAUCUGAUGCCACGGAGCACGAAGAGGUUCCUCUUCAAUUUCAUUCAUAUAAGGUUCAUCAUUUGAUGUGUGCUCAGUUGAUGAAGUUGGUAGAAAGAAUUAGAGGAAUAUUUCCACAAAUAGAAGCCUCACGACCUCGAUGCUCAUCUGGGAUACGAGCGCUGGUCUCAUUGGGCUGUGCCCUUGAACGGGCUAAUCAACUUCUUCAGUAUUGCUCCGAGUCAAGCAAACUAUACUUGGCAAUGACUGGAGAGGCAAUAGUUGCUAGAUUUCUGAGAUCAAGAAAGCAAUUAGAACAAAGUUUGGGUCAGAUUCAGACGAUGGUCCCAGUGACCUUGGCUACUGAGCUCUCUCCAAUUCUCGAUGACCUUGAAGCAGCAAACUUUGUGAUGGAUCCCUCUGAGGAGGAGGCGGGGAAGGUAAUGCUCAAGUUGCUUCACCAUGGAACAGAUUCAGCAGAAUCUCAAAUUAUAGUUUUUCGAGUUGCACUCUCUAAGCUUCGAAUCACCUCCCAAAGGGACAUAGUAAUAGAGAUGAGAUCUAUCAAGAAGCUUCUCGACACAGUUGGUGACAGCAGCCCCAACAAAACAGAGAUCUUGAGGACCCUUUUCUAUCUCUUAAAGAAGUACAAAAACUUAGUUUCAAUGAAGCACCGAAAGGGUUACCAUGAAGGAACAACUCCCAUUACUGAUAAUAUCAACGAUGGGCAGGGAAAUCCAGGAGUAGGAAACCCCGGUGAAGAUGCCCGACAGCCUGAAAUAUUGUCAACUGAUGCUGCUGGACCACCUGAAGAGUUUAGGUGCCCUAUAUCAAGGAGAGUGAUGUAUGAUCCUGUCAUCAUUGCUUCUGGACAAACAUAUGAAAGGAUGUGGAUACAAAAGUGGUUUGAUGAAGGCAAUAACACAUGUCCUAGGACAAAAUCGAAGUUGGAGAACUGUUUCAUGAUCCCAAACACCGGUAUGAAGGCCCUCAUAUUAAAGUGGUGUAUAAACUAUGGAAUCACCAUUACUGAUCCAACUACACAACCAUUGCAGUCUUUGGAUCUUUCUUCCGACUCUAUCACUAGCUUAAGCAGUUCUAUGAAUGAUAUUGUUCAACUCGAUAUCAGCAGUCUAUCACUCGGUUCUUUGGAAGCUAGUUACAGCUAUGAUGCUAUAGAACAUUCAAGAUCGAAGCUAAUGCCUGAACAUGACAGUCUUAGUAAGUGUGAGUAUCAUGCAAAAAUGUGUGACAAGGAAGUGGAGGUAUUAUCUCAGCUAUCAGAGCUUCCUUGGGAUUCUCAGUGCAAGAUUAUUCAGGAUAUAAGUAGUCGCCUGAAAAUUUGUGAGUGUCAAGUUUGGGAUUCUGAGUCAUCUAGAUUGUUUAUUGAACCGCUGCUUAUACAUUUGAGAGAUGCUCUUGAACGGUGUGAUAUACCAGCCCAGAAGAAUGGAUCCAAAUUGUUCCUUGCACUUGUGGACAAAUCUGGAAGCGGAGCAUCACACUUGCAGGAAGAUGCAUACAGUUUGUUGGCCUCUUUCCUCGACUCUGAAGUAAUUGAUGAAACUGUCGCAAUAUUAGACAGGCUCUCUGCCCACCAAAACUGCAGGUCCAAAAUCGAAGCAUCCGGUGGCAUUGAUUUUCUCCUGAAGAUAUUUGACUGUGAGAGGAAGGAACUACAGGAACAGGUGAUCAGAAUCUUAUGCAACUUGUCCUCAUCAAGCAGUGACGUCUGUUCCAAGUUAGCUUCUUUGGAAUGUUGUAUUAUUCCGAAGCUGGUUCCUUUCAUCAAGGAGAGCAGUGUUGCAAGACACUGCAUCCUUCUGCUCAAAAACUUGUGUGACACGGAGGAGGCUCGAGUUACUGUUGCCGAGACCAAUGGCUGCAUCUCUUCCAUCGCUGAACUGCUGGAGAGUGAGAGCGGUGAGGAGCAAGAGCAUGCAGUGACUGUUCUUCUCUCUCUAUGCUCUCAGAGAGUUCAGUACUGCCAUCUUCUGAUGGAAGAAAGCGUGAUUUCUAACCUUUUCAGCAUCUCGUUGAAUGGGAACGACAAGGCUAAAGUGAGUGCAUUGGAAUUGCUUCGGCAAUUCAGAGAUGUGGAGCCUUGUGAAAGAACUGAGCUAGAAAGCAGCUCUCUUCCUCCUCAUUGCCUUGAUGAUACAGCUGCCCAUGUAGAGGUUGUUUCUCCUCAUGACAGAGGAAGAAAGCAAGGAUUUUUUAGGAGCCUAGCUGGGUCUCUUACAUCCAAGAAGAAGGGAUAGAUAAACGGUUAUCUCUUACCUCGUUUAGGUAUUCUCGUUAUUUUAUUUUUUAUCCUUGGGAAGAGCCAAGGGUUUACCUGGUUGAAUCUAUAGUUAGAUAUAAUCACAUGCCUUUGUUAGUAAGUGGCUUUGUUUUUGUUUGUAGCAUAAGUUGGUUUUGUUUUCCAUUUUCCUUUCACUCUGAUGCCUAAUGCAGCUGUAUAUUUUUUGGUAGAAUGUAUAUGUGCACAGAUGUGGCUUUGCUUGCCACUCAAUCCCAAUGUGAAUUGGACUCCUUGUUAAUAAUCAGAGGCUUUAGCUCCACUUACAUUUACUCCCCAAUAAAGAGACUCAUGGAAGAAAACACCAUGGCUGAUUUUGGCCCUUUGAUUUGAGUGUUUAUGCUGCUGAU